UUUUUUUGUUGUUAAACAUGUGUUUGAUUUCAAUGUUAUUAUUAUUGUUAUUAAGAUAGCUAUCGCUGGCCACUAGUCAUACUCUCCCGCCGAUAAUAAUAAUGACGGACAGUGCCGGCAACUGCUUGGGUGGUAUCUAUAGCUUCAAACCGUUGACAUUUGUGGCCAUCGGCGGCGCCGGCGAAGGACAUAACUAUAAUGACGACGACCUGCAUCAGCACAGACAAUGGCCGCGACCACGUAGUGGACAUCGGAUGGUCAGUACGGACACUGAUUGCUAUGUGUUUGGCGGCUAUAAUCCCAAUCUCGACUCGGAUGACGAAGAUAUGAUAGCCGACGACCAUUUGUGGCGCCGAUCGCGACCACUGUUUCGCGAAUUGUGGCGCUAUUCGUAUCUGACGGCCAGUUGGUCGCGGGUCGAGCCGACCGGCGGUCGUCCGGCGCCACGUUAUGUGGCCUCACAUUGCGCUACACUUGUCGGCCAAACCUAUAUGUUUGUAUACGGCGGUACUGGCUAUCCGUUUGGUCACACAUCCAGCAAUAAACUCUAUGCCUACGAUCUAGCCGUCAAUAGGUGGCAAUCGGUGGCCGCCGUCGGCAACAAAGUGCAAGACAAUUCGCAUAUUGAUUGUCCGCAACCGCUGUACGGACAAGCGUUGACUGUUGACCAGCGAAACAAUUCGCUAUAUGUUUGCGGCGGUACCACUGGAUUUGAUUACAAGAUAGAUGUCCACCGAUUUGAUCUAAGCACCCGCCGCUGGUAUUGUCUGUAUCGUAAACCCGGCCAUAAAGUUGGCGACUUUCCCGUUGAACGCUAUCGACACGAGAUUGUCCACUAUUCGGGUCGACUCUAUGUGAUUGGCGGCGGAACUUCGGAAGAGUGUUAUUCGCUAUCAAUGAUCCCUGUGUUUGACAUCGCGACCGGUAAAUGGACUGAAGUACAAACCAAAUGCGAUCUGAAUGUUAUGAACGAACAGUUGAGUGGUUUCCCUGAAGCCCGUCGUUGUCACGGAUGUGUCCGUCAGUUGUUUACCGAUAACAACAGUGACGCCGACAACGACAACAACAACUGUAUAGUCUAUGUAAUCGCCGGUAUCGGUGACAACAACAAUGUCUUUGACGAUGUCUGGCGUCUGGAUGUCCGUCAACUUCAAUGGCAGCUUAUGUCCUGUCGAUUGCCUCGACGUCUAUACUUUCAUUCGGCUUCGGUAUCGCCCGACGGCCGACUAUCAGUGUUUGGCGGUGUAGUCGAUGCCAAUCAUACCGAGCGUACAAACGAGUUGUUAACUGUAUGGCUGCGCAUACCGUCACUGAAGACUAUAUCGUUGGAAGCGAUCUGUCAUUAUCUCCGUCGAAGUCAACCGCAAUCGCGCGGUACGACUACCGGCGCCGCCAUCGCUGUUGUUGUCGACGACACAUAUAUUCGCCAAUUUCUCAAUCAAUUGGGUAUUCAUAUAAGUCAUUAAAAAAUAUUUGAAAAUGAUAUGACUAUUACCAUAGUUUUUMUAACU